AUGAAUCCUGAGUAUGAUUAUUUAUUCAAGCUGCUGCUGAUUGGUGACUCUGGAGUUGGAAAGUCAUGUCUAUUAUUGCGCUUUGCGGAUGACACCUACACUGAGAGCUACAUCAGCACUAUAGGGGUCGACUUUAAAAUCAGGACGAUUGAACUGGAUGGCAAGAUAGUUAAACUGCAAAUUUGGGACACAGCAGGCCAGGAGAGAUUUCGCACUAUUACCUCAAGCUAUUACAGGGGUGCUCAUGGGAUUAUCAUUGUAUAUGAUGUAACUGACCAGGAAUCAUUCAACAAUGUGAAGAGGUGGUUGGAAGAAAUUGAUCGCUAUGCCUGUGAAAACGUGUCUAAGUUGCUGGUGGGAAACAAAAGUGAUUUAACUUCAAAAAAGGUGGUGGACUUUACCACAGCAAAGGAAUUUGCUGAGCAACUUGAAAUCCCGUUCCUGGAGACAAGCGCAAAGAAUGCAAGCAACGUGGAGAAAGCAUUUUUAACCAUGGCCUCUGAAAUCCAAAAACGUGUUGUGGAAGACAACAUUCAGAAUGAGACGGUUAAAGUGGGAAAAAUCAACAGUGCUCCUCUGUGGCAUGGAGCACAAAAGGCUACAGCUGAGGAGGUCAACACCUGCUGUUAG